GGCCGCUCUGCCACGUGAUAUCUAUGCUCACGGGCCGCCAGCCGCUUCUCUGGUGCGGACACGGGACCGCCGUAAAGCCCCUCUUCCGACUCACUGAUGUGUCGUAAAACACGCAGGUACUCAGGACUUCGUUGCAGAUCAUAAUACUGUAGUUUGAUGUAAAAUAAAACCUUGGUUCUCUAACAUGGGAAAGAAACGAACAAAAGGGAGAAAUGUACAGCCAGAUGACUUACCGGAUGUACUGGAACCUGUGUGCAAACACCUUCGUAAAGGCUUGGAGCAAGGCCACCUGAAGAAAGUGUUGCAGAAUGUAGACUGGGGCUCUUGCCAGGACUGCCAAAAAUUGGACAAUGGGACGCAAGAUAAAUCUGAAGAAGAAGAAGAAGAAGACAAACCAUCAAUAUGGUUAUGUCUAAAAUGUGGCCACAGGGGCUGUGGCAGAAAUUCUCAAGAAAAACAUGCUUUAAAGCACUAUGAAACACCAAGAUCAGAACCUCAUUGUUUGGUUCUCAAUCUGGACAACUGGUGUGUGUGGUGCUACUUAUGUGAUAAUGAGGUCCAGUACAAUAGUUCUACUCAGUUGGGGCAACUUGUGGAUUAUGUUAGGAAGCAAGCUCUUAUGAACAUUGAGAAUAAAGUGUCUAAAGAGGAAGAAGACAAACCAGUAGAAAACAAAAAAGUAAAAGAUCACAGAAAUGAAGAAGAGAAGGAGAAAAAAGAGCUUUUAUUCAAAGACAAGGCUCACUUAAAUGGCAAUGCAGAAAUGACAGUGAAGGGUCUCAGCAACCUGGGAAACACAUGUUUCUUUAAUGCUGUUUUGCAGAACUUAUCACAAACCCCAGUUCUGAGAGAGCUCUUGAAAGAGAUUAAAAUGGCUGACUCUACAAUUACAAUUGAGCCCCCUGAAUUCUCAGUAGCAGAAACCCUAGAAGUUACACUUGAUCAGCCAAGACCCCUUACUUUAGCAAUGUGCCACUUUCUGACAGAAAUGCAAGAGACACAAAAGGGAACUGUGACUCCUAAAGAGCUUUUCUCCCAGAUCUGUAAAAAAGCCAUACGGUUUAAAGGGUAUCAGCAACAGGACAGCCAGGAGCUGCUUCGUUACUUACUAGAUGGAAUGCGAACAGAAGAAGUCCAAAGGAUCUGUGCUGGGAUUUUUAAGGCACUGAAUAAUUCUGCUGACAAAGAAAAUGAAGAACUAAAAAAGAAGAUCAAAGAAUAUGAAAAGAGAAAGAUAACACAGACCUUUGUGGAUCGUGUUUUUGGAGGCGAGUUAACAAGUACAAUAAUGUGUGAGGAGUGCCAAACUGUUUCAUUAGUGCAUGAGUCAUUCCUUGAUCUUUCACUCCCAGUUUUCAAUGAACAGGGUAGUAAGAAAAAAAUAGGUGAGAAAAACGUUAAAAAGAUACAGGAAAAUGAGAUGGAAAAUGAUGAAGACAACAUAGAAAAUGACUGUUAUUUGAAGGACCGAGAGGAGACUCCUGGUACAAGUAAGCAUCUUCAGAAAAAGGCAAAGAAAAUGGCAAGAAAACAAGCAAAGAACCAGCGCCGUCAGCAAAAGUUUCAGGAAAAGGUGAUCCCUCUAACAGACAGCUGUGCCUCUGAAAAAAAUGAAGUUGACCAUGGUUGUAGCAAUGGAACAGAAACUGUUGAAAGUCACUCUGAGAUAACUUGCCUAAAGCAAGAGGAAGAGUCAUUAAACCCAUGUGAAGACAGUAUAAAUGGACAUAAUAUAGCAACUGAAACCCAGAAUACAGGAAAGCACAAUGUAAACACAGAGAAUUCCGACCACAUAGCAAAUAAUGAAGUUAGUAUGGAAGUUCCCUCAGAAGGCUUAGUUUCUGUUGUGGAGUGUGUCAAUAAAUUUGACCAUUUGUCUCUCAAAGAAGAUAGUAUUGAGGAAGAUGAGGAUACUGCCAAUGGUUUUCACAAACUGUCCUUGGAUGAAGAAGCUGAUGAUGAUACAGAUAGCUUCAGUAAACUUCAUAAUUCAGAAACAAAAAUGUACGAAAUAGUGAAUGAGGACCCAGAAACAGCAUUUCGUACUCUUGCAAACAGAGAAGCAAUGAAUACAGACGAAAGCUCAAUCCUUCUUUGCUUAUAUCAGUUCACUCAUAAUGAAAAACUUUGUGAGAACAAUAAACUCCUCUGUGAUGUAUGCACACGCAGGCAGCUUUGUGGACCAAAGACUCCUGGAAAAAAUGCCAAGAAACAUGUAUACACUAAUGCCAAAAAGCAAAUGCUUAUUUCUCUUGCGCCUCCAAUUUUAACUCUUCACUUAAAAAGAUUUCAACAGGCUGGAUAUAAUCUCCAAAAAGUGAACAAGCACAUAACAUUUCCUGAAAUAAUAGAUUUGGCUCCUUUCUGUUCAGUUAAGUGCAAGAAUGUUGCAGAAGGGAGUUCAAGGGUCCUGUAUGCCCUAUAUGGAAUUGUUGAACAUAGUGGUACUAUGAGAUCUGGCCACUACACUGCUUAUGUGAAGACAAGAGCUACUGCCAACCAACUUUCUGAUCUUGUCCUCCAUGGCAGGAUUCAGCAAACAGAUACAGAAGAGACUGAAUCAGCCAAAGGACAAUGGUUUCAUAUAAGUGACACCCAGGUGAAAGCAGUGCCUAUAUCCAAAGUGCUGAAUGCACAAGCAUACCUCCUAUUCUAUGAACGACUACUGUAAAUUAUCUAAGGAACUGAGACUUGCUCUACAACCAAUUGAUCUGAAGGAAACUUGGAUUCAGCAAAUUAUGCAGCUGACCUGUGUACAUUUAUUUAAUUUGCAUUUUGAAAAUUUUACUCUUGGUUUUAAAUAAAAAAUACAUCCUUAAAACUAA